UUUUUUAAAAUAUAACCAGGAACAUUUGGCUUAUUACUGACACAAAAGCAUAAACUCCAUGGACAUUGCCAUUGAAAAUAAACAAAGAUGACGAGAUCUGCUGUGAACCAAAACCUAUUUUACUACAUUGUUUUGACUUCUGUGAUACUGACAUGCAAAGGACAGAGUUGGUGGAGGAGUCCUGAAAAUGGCCCAACUUGCAAAGCAAAUACAUGUAGAGAAAAUGACAAUGAUUGCGAGUGUUCACUCACUAUAGACCACCGCCUUACUAUGAUGACUCCUCUUCCAGAGGCCCUUCUUGUCUAUGCAGAUAAUGGAAGUUUGAAAUAUUAUAACAACGGUACUAAAUUAGGUGAUGAAGAUGAAGAUAACGUGAUAACGGCGGAUGGUUAUGGUUCUCGUCUUGUAAUAGCAGUCAAUGGAAGAUUUCCAGGUCCAACUAUCGAAGCGUACGAAAACCAGAACAUUAUUAUACACGUUCGAAACUUGAUGCACACCGACUCAACUACUGUUCACUGGCAUGGAAUGCAUCAGCGUGGAACUCCACAUUCUGACGGUGUGGCAUUCAUAAGUCAGUGCCCAAUCUUACCGGGACAAACAUUUACAUAUAGAUUUACAGCAAGUCCUUAUGGGUCCAGUUUUUAUCAUGCACAUAUUGGAGACCAGCGCAGCAUGGGAUUGUAUGGAGGUCUCGUCAUCUAUCCAAGAAGCCAAGCUGUAUCACAACCACAGCAGGGGUUUACUGUUCUUUUACAAGACUGGAAUCACGAUGACGAGCCAGAAACGUUAUAUCAGCGAAUGCUUAAUGGAGUGUACAAUGUUCAAAGUAGAGCUUUAUUAGAUUCUACUCAAUCGAUAGAUGGGGCUAAUUUCAGUCGAUUCCAAUUUCAUUCAGGCCUUAUCAAUGGUAAGGGUAGGUAUUAUAGCACUCCUUCGACAAAUAACGGUGCUCCUCUGGACAUUUUUGAAGUAGAACAAGGAAAAACAUACCGAUUUCGAGUAAUUAGUGCUUCAACACUAUACCCUUUUCGAGUGUUUGUUGAAGGUCAUCCAAAUAUUAUUGUUUGUGCCUCUGACGGAUUUGAAAUAGCCCAAGGAGUCGGUGCAAAUAAAAGAGAUAUCGAUGUUGAAUCUUUUAUAAUUCAUCCCGGGGAAAGAUUCGACUUUUUCUUGAAUGCAACGCAAACACCAGGAACAUAUCGCCUUGUUGCUGAAAGCAUUGAGGAUCUAGAUCCAGCGCGAGAUUACCAUGCUGCGGAAGCCUUAAUUAGGUACAGCGGAGGUUCUGAAACAUAUCCAACCGCCAUAGCCACCUCCAAUACAUGCCCUUGUAUAACAUUCAAUUGCCCAUACAUGUAUUAUCCUCGAACUACCCAAAGAACAUGUCUACCGUACGAUUCUGCAAACAGCAAUGAACCAAAUUAUGAUUCUUCAUCAUUAGAAAGUGUUUCUGAAACAAUGUUUUUCAACUUUGCAUUUCCAGGAGAACGAGGUCAGACUCCUGGAUCUGUUAAUGGACAUCAGUUCUUGUAUCCUACUGCUCCAAUUUUAGUUCGGUCUUCUGGUGUUGAGGUUCCAUGUUCGAGUGUAAACUGUGGUGAUGAUUCAAUUUGUGAAUGUACAUACUCUGUAGAUUUGUCAGCCGGAAAAGUUUAUCAGUUUGUCCUUACCAACAUAGGUGGAGGAAGAGGUUGGUCUCAUCCGGUUCAUCUUCAUGGUCACUAUUUUUUCGUUUAUAAAAUAGGAUUUGGAUCAUAUGACGAAACUUCAGCUAAAUUUGUCGACCAAACUACAGAUAUCAUUUGUCAAGGCACAAGAAAUUAUUGUAAUUCUGCGAAUUGGAGAAAUGUUAGCUGGCGAUCAAACGUCCAGCUAAUUUCAGACCUGAAACAAAAUAAUCCACCGGCAAAAGAUACCAUUAUCGUUCCUACCGGUGGAUAUGUCAUAAUACGAUUUCUAGCCGAUAAUCCAGGAGCUUGGUUUUUUCACUGUCACAUUGAUCUUCACAACACGAAUGGUAUCGGAAUGGUACUUCUUGAGUCUUCCAAUCAGUAUCCAAAAACACCGGCCAAAUUUCCAACGUGUUGGGAAGCAGAGGGAGUUGAAAAUAGCUCUCUAGGGAACACUAAAGCGGAUUUGGUGUGUAUCAUAGGUGUAACGUCUGCAUUGAUCAUCAUCCAAGUCUUACUGCCCUAAAAAUUGCAGCUGACGUUUAGUAACUUCAUGCAAAAAAGAUUGAAAUUAUUUUUUGUAAAAAAAAUAUUCGAAAAACAA